UAGGAAUAAAUAUGUCCCCAAAGAAAAAUGCUUUUUUUGCUUUUGUGACUGAAUAUCAAAAGGAACAAAUGAUCGAUCAAAACAUAUCUUUCAGUUUUCAACAAUUAGCUGAUAAGUUAACACCAAUAUGGAAUUCAAUGUCUGAUAAUGAAAAGAAUAAGUACAAAAUAUUUGCUGAUAAAUUAAAUUCUAAACGGAAGGAAAAAAAAAACCCAGAACAGAUUAUUACUCUUCACAAUAAUAGUUCAGAUUAUUGGAAAAUGAAAGAAUAUUUAGAAAAUAUGUUUGAAUCAAUAUCUGAAGAAGAAUUAUUAAAUACAAAGUUCAUUUUAUUACAUGUCAAUUGUCAUGCUCAUGAAGCAGAAAAAUAUUAUUUUCCAGCUGAAAUAGCAGCAUUAAAAUUUAAUUUAUCUAAAGGAGUUUUGCAUACAUAUCAUCAAAUUGUUGGCCUUGCCAACAAUUAUCCUAGAGGUUUUGCUGGUGGCAUGCGGGAGUAUUCAGACAAAUUUCAUCAAAUAGAUUGUUGGGAUAAAAAUCACCCUGAAAACUAUAAGAAAAUAUUGUCAGAUUUUAUAAACUUUUUAAAAGAUGAAGAAAUUUCCGAUUUAAAUGAUAGUACAUUAGAUUUACCUUGCAUGUUCACUGUAGAGACAGAAAUAGGUCUAGAUAUGAUGAAAACUAAAAAUAGUUUGGAAAGACUUUACCAAACAGUUUUUCCAGAACAUGAUCUGUUGAAUUACAAAUCAAUUUUCAAGAUUGGAAGUGUUGAGCGAUUAUUAUUUGAGAUAACAAAGAAAACAAAAAUGAAUUUGGAUAGUCGAAGUAUAAUAACAGGAUUGACAACCCAUGAUAUUUUAAAAACUGGUUUGUAUGGGUAUGGCCUUGGUUGUACAUACCACGAAGGAAGAAAUAUUGCAUUUCAAUGUUCAAAGGCUCGAGUUCUUCAAUGGAUGUCAAAUAUUUGCAAAUAUGUCGGUGAAUUUAUUGGUUUACAACUUAUUCCAGGAAGACACAUUGCCGUUCAGUUGAAAGAUGGAUCGAGAAUGAUUGUUGAAAAUGAAGAUACCCCUCUUUCUAAAGCUGAUCUAAGAAUGAAUAGUAUUAGAAGUUUAUCUGAUCAAAUUAAUCCAAUGAACAGUUUUUUACAAAACGAACCAUCUACUUCUCUACUAGUAAAUAUAUAAUAAUUUAUUUUUGUGCUAUGUGUUAACUUUUUUUAAUUAUGCUUGUGAAUUUCAUAUGGUUAUACUUAAUUAUG